CGUCAGUGAGGCAGGAACAAGGACAGACUAUUGUACUGUGGCAUAACGCUGUUCACCUCGUUGGUUAUACACCAAUAUUUUUUUUUAUUGCACAGGAUAGGAACGUUUCUGAUAGCUUCUUUUUUUUUUUCACUGUCAGCGGUGAUUUCACUACUUGGAUAAAUCGGGAUCAUUGAUCAUUUCGUGUAUUGUUGCUCCAGAUUGAUGCUUUCAUUCACGUGUGUGUGUUGGUGACACUUUUCCAUGGAGAUGCAGGUGGUGCAGCGGGCCAGGGAAAACUUCCUUGCCGGGAGGUCGCGACCCCUGGAGUUCAGAGUUCAGCAGCUCAAGUCCCUCCAGAGGAUGAUCACAGACAGACAGGGAGAGAUCGCCACCGCCCUCAAACAGGACAUCAACAGGAGCCAGUACGACACCCCAUUGUUGGAGCUGAUCGGCCUGGAGAAUGAGAUCAGCCUGGCUGUGUCAAAGCUGGCGCAGUGGGCUGCUCCUCGGCCAGUAGAGAAGAGCCUCCUCACCAUCUCAGACCAGGUAUACAUCCAGCCAGAGCCCCUGGGAGUGGUCCUCAUCAUCGGGGCCUGGAACUACCCCUGGGCCCUCACCCUGCAGCCCCUGGUCGGGGCCAUCGCGGCUGGCAAUGCCGCUGUGGUGAAGCCAUCUGAGCUGAGUGAAUACUCAGCUAGUCUCCUCAAAGCUCUGCUCCCACGAUAUCUGGACCAGGAGCUGUACCCUGUAGUGUGUGGGGGUGUCUCAGAGACCCAGGAGUUGCUGCGUCAGCGUUUCGACCACAUCUUCUACACAGGGAACAGCACUGUGGGUAAACUGGUGAUGGAGGCCGCAGCCCGACACCUCACCCCUGUGACCCUGGAGCUGGGAGGGAAGAGCCCCUGUUACAUCGAUAAGGACGUCGACCUCAGAGUUGCGUGCCGGCGUAUCACCUGGGGGAAGUUUGUGAACUGUGGUCAGACGUGCAUCGCCCCAGACUACAUCCUGUGUGAACCCAGCAUCCAGAACAGAGUGGUGGAGGGCAUCCGGCAGACACUACUGGAGUUCUAUGGACCCGACCCCAAAUCCUCCCCUGACUAUGGCCGCAUCAUCAACCAGCGCCACUUCAACCACGUAAUGGCUCUACUGGAUGGCUACACAGCGGCGCUAGGGGGCCAGAGUGACUCAUCACAGCGCUACAUUGCCCCCACGGUGGUGAAGGACGUGCCCCCCCAUGCUAGGCUGAUGCAGGAGGAGAUCUUCGGCCCUCUGUUGCCCAUAGUGACCGUCAGCGACAUAGAUGACGCCAUCCACUUCAUCAGCGAGAGAGAGAAGCCCCUGGCGAUCUACGUCUUCUCCUCCAACAAGAAGGUGAUAAAGCGAAUGCUGGCUGAGACUACCAGUGGCGGGGUGACAGUCAACGACGUUAUGAUGCACUACACCCUCAACUCUCUGCCCUUCGGGGGUGUAGGUCAGAGUGGAACAGGCAGGUAUCAUGGGAAACACAGCUUUGACCAGUUCAGCCACCAUCGGGCGUGUCUGGUCAAGUCCCUGGGCAUGGAGAGGGUCAACAUGCCGCGGUAUCCACCCCAGAACCACCAGAAGGCUCGCAGGGUCAGGCUGGCCAUGAGGACCCCACUGGUUGACUUCUCCAAGGGCACCUACAUCUGGGCCGUCACGGCGUCCAUUGUGGCUCUGGGACUCCUGGUCACCCUGACUGUGAUUCUAAUACUAGCGGCCGGCGUCAGCUGUACCUGUUGGUGAUUGAUGGAUAGACACAGGGGGGGUUCGUGGGGGUUAGUGGGGUUCGUGGGGGUUCGUGGGAGUUAGUGGGGUUCGUGGGAGUUAGUAGGGUUUGUGGGGGUUAGUGGGGUUAGGGUUGCAUUUAUGGAAUCAUUCACAAAAAUUCCCUGUUUUUUCCAGAAAUCCUGUUUGUAAGAUUUCUGAUUUCCUGCUACUUCAUUUAUGAUUACGAGAAUCUUCCUUACCGGGGUUUCUCAGGAAAACUUGAGAAUCUUGGGAAAGAGUCGAGACACAGUGAACUGUUGUAUUAAUACAUAAAGGUCAAGGCAUUAUGUGAAUAUUAUUGGUUUGUUUGUCCAUGUCUUCCUUUUCUAUUAUGUCUGUUGUAUAAAUUUGUAGCUAAUGAUAUUGAUAAUGAUAAUGAUAAUGAUAAUGUUUUUCCAAGUUUUUUAUUUUUAUGAUAUUAUAAAAUACUAUUUAUGAAGUUCUCUCACUUAACAACAGUUCAAAAGAUGAAGUAGACUAAUCCAUUAACAACCAUGUCUUUAGUAGGUCUGAUGUUCUGCUCACAUAAACCUUUGAUGAAUAUGUCCCAGUGUUACAGAAAUGUUGUUUCCUCUUUCCAAGUGGAUGGUGGUACUAGAGGAGGAGGGGGGGGGGGGGGGGGGUGUAGCUGUCAGCGUUGUUUUUAUUCUCCUGCUGCACUUGGUAGCCCUGCCUGGUCGGUACAAUAAUGUAAAUUCGAUCUUCAUUGUCCAAUUCUGGACGUGCCUUUUGUGUCUCUCCUGCAACAGUUGCACACACCCCAGGUUCCAUCCCAAAUGACAUACUAUUCCCGAUAUGGUGCACUACUUUUGAACAGGGCCUAUAGGGCUCUGGUCAAAAGUAGUGCUCUAUACAGGGAAUAGGAUGCCAUUUGGGACACACAUACAAUACAUUUCUCCCCUGGAGAGUUCAGGAAGUGUUAAAUCUAAUGUAUGUACAGUGCCUUGCGAAAGUAUUCGGCCCCCUUGAACUUUGCGACCUUUUGCCACAU